AUGAUGCUGUUUGGAAAAAUCUCCUGGAAAUUCUGCAGCUUAAAGAAACUCCCAUGGUCAUAUGACUCCAGGCCCUUCUGGGGCUGGCUGAAUGCAGUAUUUAAUAAAUACAUCAUGGUCGAUUAUGAAUGCAUCAGGGAUGUUGUUCCAGACAGGGUAGCAUCUGAGUGGCUGCUGUGCUGUGGGGCCAUGGUGCAAUCCCAUGGACAGGACAGGUGGCAGAAGGACUACAACCACCUCCCAAAAAGCCCCCUGGGCAAAUACAAGAUUCAGACAAUCGAUGCCACUGACUCUUGUAUCAUGAACAUUGGAUGUGACCACCUGGAAGGAUUACAACAUCUUGAAAAAAUACAGUUAUCCAAGUGCCAUUAUAUUGAGGACAGCUGUUUAGAGAAACUUGGUCAAUUUGAAAAUUUGCAAAAAAGCAUCUUGGAAAUGGAAAUCACUUUCUGUGGGAAUGUCACAUACAAAGGCAUUGUUGCUUUGCAGCACUUAAGAAACCUCAAGCAGUUGUUGUUACAUGAUCUUCCUGGAGUGAAAGAAAAAGAAAAAAUUGUCCAAGUCUUUGAGACUUCAUUGCCUUCUCUGAACCUAAAAUUAGACUUGAAGUGA